AUGUCCCCUGCAAAAUCUAGAGAUUCAUUGUCAGAAACAGAAUCCAAUGAUUUUUGUGAAGAAAAUACAUCCAGUCAAUUUCAGUCCAUUUCGUCAGGGAUUGUAUUAAAAGCCACUUAUGAACAUGAAAAAAAGAGCACAGAGAUAAUAUGUGUAACAUACAACGAAAGAAUGAGGCUGUUUGCAAUUGUAGACUCAAGUGGCAUCACUACAUGGAAACGAGAUGCUGUGGAACCGAGAGUUCACAGGGCCUUGGUCUACCCAAACUACGAGUACCGUCUAAUUGCAAACAUGGUGUAUGCUAAAAAGUACAACUGCUACUUUGUUCUUGCUAAAGAUUUCUCCCUGAAGGUUUACAAUAAAGAUUUUGUUGAGAUGUGUUCUGUAUGUGCUGAAAUGAGAUCUGUGAUGUUUAUGCUGUUUAACCCCAUCAGAGAUGAGCUUGUAACUGGAGGUGUAGCCGGAACACAAGUGUGGGGUUUCUAUCAACAGUCUGUAGACAAGUUUGGUGACUUACGGGCUCAUGGCAGCUAUGGCUUGACUCUCAAGCAUGAGCUUUCCAGUGUUGGAGGUGGUUGGGUAAAACAUGUGGAGCUAGACCACUCACUGGAACACUUGUACUGCUGCAGUGAUCAUGAUUUGUAUGUGUAUGAUCUGGAGGGGAAUCUACUGUUCAAGUUUGAGAGAGCACACUCCAUGUCUAUAACUGGCUGCAGAUAUUCCAGACAUGCAACUGUUCUAAUUACCUCAUCUCUAGAUAGUGAAGUGAAAGUCUGGAGUCUGCUAGGAGGACUUGUGCACAUUUUCCGAGGACAUUCUCGAGCUGUGACAAACCUGAUUCUACAUCCUGCCACAUCUAGCAUUGUAAUUACUUGUUCUUUAGAUGGAACUGUCCGCAUGUGGUCUCUGGACACCAUGGACUGUCUCAGCAGUGUGGUAGUAUCAGUAGAUGGAUUACAGUGGAUGGGCCUGACAGAUGACAACUUACUGUACUUGGGCACCUUACGGGCUCUCACUCUUUGGAAUUUAAACUACAAUGUGCAAUUCAGGGCCCUGAUCCGAAGUCCAGUUACACAAAUGGUGCGGUGUGGAUGCAAGGGAAAGACAACUCGAAUAGUAGCCAUCAGUGAUGAUAACAGUGUUCGAAUUAUGGCUCGCAGCAACAUUAAGAGUUUAACUACAGUUUUGCCACCUCCGAACAUUUCACCGUUACAACAUAUAAUGAGUGUAUGUUACAGUCGGGAGUUCAGUGUUGUCUACCUGCUCAUAAAUCCACAAGAGAUUUGGGUGUACACAGCACGAACUGAUCCAGCUUGUCGUGUAGCUAUAUGGCACAUGACUGACAUUCAGAAGAAGCUUUCAGUAUUGAAUACUGGACUGGCCGGAUCCAAAAAUCACAUAUCUGUACUUUCACAGGACAAGCCUAGUACAUUACCUGCAGCUAAAGAAAAUAAGAAUGAAGGAUUGGCUAGAUGCUGCUGUAUCACCGUGCUCCCAUCUGCUGUAACUGUGUGGUCAAGCAGUGGUUAUAGCUGCCCUAUCAGAGACUCAUAUCUGCUUGUUGGAUUAGAGGAUGGGAGAAUUUUAUUCAUGGAUCCAGUUAUAAAAGGAGAGAGAUAUCUGGAAUUGAAGACAGGAAAAGAUCCUGUGUUAGAGAUGUGUCAGGAUAAUGCUCAUGGUGCAUUGGUCACUGUUCACAAAGUGAAGGAUGUCGUGAGAAUCCUGGUGUGGUGUGUUCCAGACCUCACACUCCAGCAUGAGCUGUUCACUGCAGCCGGUCUCAAGGACUUUGUCAGGGAGAGCUCUAUUCUAAUGACAGGUCAUGCAAGUGGUUCUGUUGUGUUCCACACUUUAGAACCUGUGAGAGAUGUGGGUCACCACAAGACUAGAAAUGUGCCCAUGUAUGAAGAGCUGAUUAAUAUGAAUCAUAAACCAGAACACUUGGCUUCAGUCAUGACUGUUGAUGUCUGCACAGCUCUGAAGAUAUUUUGUUCCUGCAGUGAAGAUGGAUGCAUUAAAAUCUGGCACGAGAAGGUUCUGCUGACAGAGAUAAUGCUGGAUUCUAGUUUAUCAUCAGUGUGUUUCUUAAACAACAGAGGGGACCUGUUGGUUGGCUAUCAGAAGCAUAUAUUUUACAUUGAUCACACAAAAGUGUGCCCACAGUUGGAGAUACCUGAAUCUGAUGUAGACUCAUUUGAUAAAGAAUCAUACAUUUGUGAGGACCCAGCUGUUUUAAAUGAGGGCGUGGCACCAAAUCAUGACCAUGUAACUCUGGAAAACUAUUUGGUACCAUUUGAUAUAGAGUUCUCCAAGGAUUUCCUAGAAGGAAGAGUGGCCCUGGAACCUGAAAAUGAGAAAGAGGAAGUAUCAGAUGACGAUGUCAUGUCCCAAAUCUCAAGGGCACCAACUGACGUCUACAAGUCAGCCGGGUCUACACCCCAGAGACGUUUGUCAUAUGUUGACCUUAUUUUAAGUUCAGAGGUCAACAAAUAUGACCUUUUGAAACAGAUGAAGAAAACUUUGGAUUAUUUAGCAGGCAAAGAAUCUCUGCAACAGAAGCAGUCAAGAAAAUCCAGACCCCAGCCAGAUGAUAGAAGUGAAAAACUGAAAGCCAAGAAAAAAGUGGAGAAGAGCUAUUCUAAAUCAGACAUUAAGAAGAGAAUGGAUAUUAAAUUCUCCUUUCCACAUUUUGGGAAAUCACCUGGACCUACACCUGAGUCUUCUAGAUCAACCACACCUGAGAUUUCAUCUGAAGCUGAAGAGGAACUUAGAGAACUCUCCACAACAUCAGAGGUUAACAUUCCUCUUCAACCUGUGGAGGAGGAAAAUAUUGAUAGCACAGUCACAAGUUUUCCGAAAAUGGAAGAUACAGAAAAACUGAAGUUGAAAACCACUACUGACCUGUUUGCACCACGGACAAAGUUUGGUUUGGCUGAUGUUAAAGUGGAUGUUAAAACCCUAAUGACAGACAUAAAGAAAGCAACAUUGACGGCCCCACAACAAAGGCCUGAUUCAGAAACACGGCAGUCUCAGAGGAUGUCAGUUACAGACUCCAGAGCUAAAGAGAAAUCUGGAGGUAGAGAGAGGAGGGUGAAGAAGAAAAUGAUGUCCACACCUCAGAGAAAAACCACAAAAAUGAAAAGACCAGACAAGAUAGAAAACGGAAAUAUUAAUAAUGAACCUCCAACACAAAUACACACUCUUGGG